AUGGUCGCCGAAGGUGACCACCAUGCGGACGUAUGCGUUGACCACAAGAUCUCCUACAGCGAACAUUAUGACAAUAAAGGCGGCAUCCUUCAGGCCUUCAUGUUUCCCACGAACGGCGGUAUGGGCCACCUGGGAAACUCCAUUGCCUGGUGGCUAGGAAUAGAGCCCUACGAGCUCUUCCUCUAUGUCUUCCUGCCACCACUGCUACUGGAUGCAGCCGUGCGCAUUGACUUCUUCCUCUUCAAGAAGGCAUGGGUGAAGAUCCUGACGCUGGCAUUUCUGGUGGUGGCGGGGAGCUGUGGCCUGCUGAUCCCCAUCAUGCUCUAUGUCCUGGACUUGAGGAGCGAUGGCUGGACGUGGCAGUAUGUGGCUUUGUUUGGCAGCAUGUGCGCCAGCACAGAUGCUGUGGCCAUUGUUGCCACCAUGAAGACGAGUGGGGGCCCCAGGAGUCUGCGGCUGCUGUUGGAAGGGGAGUCAUUGCUCAACGACGCGUCUUCCAUCACCCUCUUCACCAUUUUUCUGGCUGAGGUGCAGGACAUGCGGAAUGGGCAGACUGCGUCGGGUGGGGAGGUAUUGGGAAACAUAGUCUCCAAGACUUUGUGGUUGGCUGUGGGCGGCGCGCUGAUUGGGUUGGGUUUUGGGAUUGUCAUGCGCUACAUUCUGCGCUGGAUGCGCCACCUGGGCGCUGGCAUAGAGCAGCAGGUCGCCAUGACCUUUGCCAUCGGCUACCUCUCCUACUACACCGCCAAUGCCCCAGCCCAUGUCUCAGGGGUGAUUGCGGUGGCUGUGUUUGGUCUGUAUGGAGCGGCGACCUCCAAGUGGGACAUGUCAGUCAAGGUGGAGGAGAGCGGCGCCUUUGAUGCGUUCUGGGACACUAUCGCCUUCAUUGUGAAUGCCAUUGUCUUCUUCUACUCCGGUGUUGCAUGCAUCAACUUUUUCGUCAGGUCAGCACAGGAGCUGCAGGCUCAGGGGCAGCUGUCGGCCUUCACGGGCACGCUGUGGCGGUUUCCUCUGGUCUACCUGAUCAUCUUCAUUGUGCGCUUCCUGCUCAUCUGCCUGUUCAGGCCGCUGUUCCGCCUCAGCCGUCAGGACCUGCCCUUCAAGGAGAUUGCCUUCGCCACCGUCGCCGGGCUGCGAGGCUCUGUCUCCCUCAUCCUCACUCAGGCGGUCGUGGUGGACCCUGCCUCUCGCAAUGCUGGCCCAGAAGUCACGAAAAUCAAGGCGGAGAUAGUGCUGUGGACGGCUGGGUUUGUGUUGAUGACCCUGGUCAUUAAUGCACCCCUGCUGCCCUUCUUCCUGCGGGUCAGCGGGCUAGCAAAGGUUCCGGACGCCAAGAUGAGGAUGCGCAAGAGAGCUGUCCAUGCCUUGAUGUCCCACACCAAUCACUCCAUCAGGGACCUGAGGAACGAUGAGGACGAGAUGCUCAGAGGGGUGGACUGGGGCGGGGUGGAGAAGUAUGUGGAUCUCAAAGAGUGCUACCAACAUUACCUGGAUCCCCUCUAUGUGGCGCCCAGAGUGCGCGUGUGGUACCUGCCGUGGACAUGGUGCUACAAGCCUGCCAAGAAGAAGGAUACCUCCACCCACAGCCACAGCUACAAUGGCAGUCACCACACGCGGGGGGCCCUAGGGAAGCCCACCAACCGGUCCAUGAACAGCUCCGGCCUGGACUCCAACUUCACCAUGAUGGAGGCCGAUCGCGUCUUCGGCCGCGCCUCCGAGUGGUCCAUGCCUGCCGAUCUUGAGACUGGCUUUGCUGAGGACUCGGACACUGGCAGCGGGUCAGACUCGGAGGACGGCUCCUCGGAUCACAACGAGCUGCCAUUCCUGGCGCGCGAGAGUGUCAUGGGCGCGCGGUCUGCGCAGGACAGGGCCAACGGCGACAAGAAGCCUGUCAAGCUGAACCGGGAGAGCCAGGCCGGCCCCAUGAAGCUGCCAGAAGCCGUGGAAGCCAUCACUGGCGUGGAUGCCUCGCACCUUCCCCACCUACCAGGGGCCAAGGAUGGCAGCAAGCACGGCGGCAAGAAGGGGAAGGGCAAGGCUACCAUGUCAGAGAUGCAGAAGACGUCCUCAAUAGGCAGUCUCGACUCACAAGCGCUCACACCGCGUGCAAAGUCUUCUGCCAAGGCGGUGCAGGCGGCCGCAUGCAAGGUUGUCAUAACCCCGGGCGGCCCCCUGCCGGUGCCGGCUGGCGCUGCCUGGAGCGACUCCAUCAGCACCACCAACAACCUCAGCCUCUCCUAUGGCACCCCUGCUCAGGAGCGUCUGGCAACGGCGACGCGCAAGUUGAAGCACCUGCGCAUGAAGGCGCCGGGCGGGCAGAGCCUGGCGAGCGGCGGCAGCCUUAAGAGCAUACCCAGCCCCAGGACGGCGCCCGCCUCCGGCACAAACAGCAGUGCCCCCUCCAGUCAGUCCGUGCACGACAGCCAGAUGUCCCUCACUGCGCCCGCCGUCGAGAUGACCAACCAGGCAUGUGGUCUGCUCCUGACUAGCCGCACGGGCAUCUUGAGGGCGGCUACAGUGCCCGGGGAGAUCGAGCAGGGGCCGACGCCGCGGGGCGGGUCGCCCACGGUGUCCUGGCACCGCUCCGUCACCAGCGGCAACCAGCGGCGGCCCCCACUCUCCAACAUCUUUCCCGGGGCUGGCCGCUCCUCGCCGCCGCGCUCCAACCUGGGGUCCACUCCCCUCGAGCAGGCGGGGGGUCCGCCCCCGGCAGAGGGCCCGGCACGCGCAACGGCGCCGGCCGACGGGGAAGCUGGGGAAAGCCGCGCGGAUGCUGGCCCCAGCAUACCUAAGAGUUCCAGCGGGGACGACCUGCUGAAGGGCUCGGUGAAGCAGGCGGCCGCGCGCGGGUCUUUCACCUCGACGAUGUCCUGGCCGCGCGCGGUGGCGCAGGGGGCCGAUGCGCGGCCCUCCCUGCUGCAGGCGUUCCCUGACGCCGGCCAGCCGCGCACGCCAGUCUCCCCGGGGCAGCAGCAGCGCCUGCUUGCAGCCCAGCGCCUCGCCGCCGCGCGCAGCGGCACCCUGCCCUCGCCCACCAGCAGCUGGAACCGCAGCAUCAUGCAUGGGGCCGACAAGCACCGCUCGCUGUUUGAGGCGUUUUCAGGGAUGCGCGAGGGCGAGGACCCGGAGAGCGUGUCGACCAUCGGCGGCGCGACCGGGCAGCGCUACGCGGCGGCCGCGCGCUCGGGUUCCAUGCCGCACGACCCGGGCUCCUCCUGGCCUCGCUCCGUGAUGCACGGCCCCGACAAGCACCGCUCCCUCUUCGAGGCCUUCGGCAACCUCAAGCCGUCCUGCGCCGGCGGAGAUGACCCGUCGGCGUCGCAGUCAUUCAUGCAGUCAGCGAUCAAGGGACCCGACACCCGCGGGCCGCUGCAGAGCGCCUUUGAUAACUCCCCCGCGCCUGAUCAGGAGCGCACGUGGGCGGCCGGCGACACAAAUACAAAAGCGCUUGGCCUCGCCCUCAAGCGCCAGCUCAGCGAGCCGGGGGGCCCCGGGUCCAGUCACCCGCCGUCCACCUCAGCCCCGGACGACGAAGGCAAGGGCACCGAUGCAUUUGACGCCGAGGAGCUGGACAACGAUGCGACGGUGUUCCAUCCGAGCGACCUUGCCGAGCGCCGCGUGCGCCUGGCCAUCGGCCUCAAGCGCUACUUCCACGGCAAGAGGAUGGAAGGACUGCUGUCCACCGGGGCGCUACGCGUGCUUGACAAUGCCAUGGACACGAUCAUCGACAAGCCGGACAGCAUCCGCAGUGGCUGGAGCAUCCUGGAGAGGGACGCCAGCGGCGGCCGCCUCAUGCGCUGGUUCGCGCACCUCGUUUACUUGCUCCGUAAGACGGUGAUCCGGCUGCGGCGGCGGCGGCCGGACUCGAAUAGCUGCUGGCAAGCGGUGCGGCGGGGGCUGGCAUGGCCGCUGCUGCAGGCGGGCCAGCUGGCGCACGUGGUGCUGAGCAAGGCCAUGCUGCUGUCCUGCGAGGUCGCCCUCGAGUACAUGCUCGGCCUCACCUACUCCCCUCAGGUGCAGCUGAUGCGCGCGAACGCGAUGACGGGGCCGCUGCUGCAGGAGGUGGACAGCGAGCUGGGGCAGGUAUGGCGCUUCAUCCUGGAGCGGGAGGUGGAGGCGCCGGAGCGUUUCCAGGCCAUCCAGUCCUACCGUGCCACCAUGGCCGUCCUGCGCAAGCAGGCCGACUUUGUCAAGCAGCUCUUCGAUUCCGGCGUCGUUGAGGACGCCGAGCGCGACGAGCUUCUCACGCCGAUAGACAGGCGGGAGCGGCAGCUGUCACGCAAAGGCCCUGUUUGGCGCUCACCCAUGGCAUUUGAUGUGCUGCGCAACCUGCCCUUCCUCCGCCAUGUGCCCCCACGAGCAGUCGAGGUGGUGCUGCGGCACGGGCAGCUGCACAUGUGCCGCAACCAGGAGAUGGUGCGGUCGGGCAAGGACGGCCGCGGCCUCUUCAUCGUCAUUAACGGCCUCGUGCGCAUCGGCUAUCGCGACCCCCUCGGCAACACCCAGGAGUACUUCCUCGGCACCGGUGGCAUAAGCGGGCUGUACCACUCGCUGACAGGGGAGCACCUGCCUGGAGGCCGCCUGGAGGCUGUGGCAGAGGGCAACGCUCUGGGCAAGGGGCCUGUGGUCUUUGAGGUGCACCAGAGCGCCAUCGAAAUUAUCCGCCGCCUCGCUGCCAAUGGGGAUGCCACGUUCCAGCAAGUGGAGGUGGACAUGUUCCGAAUGGCUGCGCUGUUUGUGGUGGAGCGCUUGAAGCCCUGGCUCAUGACUUACCUGGCCGCCCUGCUGGCCACAGCUGCACCUGCACCCCUGCACAUCCAUCACACUCCCCAGGACAAUGAUGAUGACAUGCAUGAGGAGGGUCCCUUUGGGGCAGACAAGUCCUUCACUGGGGCGCUGUCCACCACCGAUUUCGACAACGCUUCCAUGCAGGACAUCCAGGAGGUGGGCCGCGCGCGCGUGUGGGAUGCGUACCUGCAGCUGGUGCAGUCGCUGACAUCAUCGGAGCUGGUGGAGCUGCCGGCCAACGUGGGGUACCGCCACUGCUCUUCGGCUGUGCUCCUGCGCGGCAUCAUCAGCACCAGCGGCUCCCACUGCUCCGUCGUCUGCAAGACCCCCGCAGGGAAGGAGACCAGUCCAGAGCAGGACGAGAUGCUGGAGUACAAGGCGCCCUUCAUCCUGCCCUGGAUCGUGCUCAACAAGGAGAUGGCACCUGAACAGCCAGAGUCCUUCGUGCCCUUUGUCACCGGCCCAGAAGGCGCCAUUCUGAUGGUGUGCACGAGAGAGAACGCCCCCGGAGUCAAGGAAGCCUCUCUGCUCGACCUGAGCUCCAUUUCGGAGGACCUGCCCAAGGCGGAUGACUCCUCUGGCGGAGGGUCAGAACCACCCAAUGGGAAGACCGAGCAAGAGGAGAUCGACCCGGUGUCAGAACUGCCUGCCAAGUCCUCCAUCAGAAGGGUGAGUACAAAUCCAAAUCUGGCGCGGCACAGCAUAACGCGUGCGCCGCCGCUUGCACUCAGCGCCAGCGACACUGCGGCGGUGAUGGUCUCUCCGGAGGGGCCGCGCGAAGACGGCAAGGAGUCCCACUGGUGGCACAACCGCAAGCCGCCCUCGGGAGCCUCCAAGCACAGGAAGGGCCGCAAUAAUGGCAACGGAUUGGACUAGGGCUCCUCCAAGUGGGUAGGACUAGGGCACAUGCAGUUAUGGACUGCAGUUGAGCAAUUGGCGGAGAUGAACGGUGUGUGUAUUGAGGGGCAAAGGGGCUGAUCACGGACUUCUGUUGGGCAAUUGGCAGAGUAGAACAGUCUGUCUCUGGAGGGUGAAGAGUGGUUGGCGAGGAAGGUUCUGUAGAGAGAGCUUCGGUGCGUGGUGAUGAGCAAGAGUUCGGAACCAAGAAUGCGCCAGUGUGGGAUAAUACAGGUCGCACAAGGGAAAUGGUCAGCAUAAUAUUUAUGGGCACCCAUGUGCUUGUAGCAUGUUUUUCACAUUCAUAUGGCUUUGUGCUGAUUUAGCAGACAGGCCUGCACAAAGCAAAAUCUGCCUGCUGGACAGCCGAAUGCCAGCGAAGUAUCCUUUGAAGUGUGUGUCUUAUUCUUGUGCAUGUAGGGGAAGUACAUUUGUUGUUAGAAGUAUGGGGCAGUCAGCAGUGUGAAGCAUGGCCGCAUCCUGCCCCAGUAUGAAAUUGGGUUGCCUGCCAAUUGGACAUAUCUGUGAAUGCUGCUGACGCUUAAGAAGCAUGUGUAUUUUCAAUUUUUAAAAAUUCAGAUUUAUGCAGAGUCAUUGCUUUUUGUGCGAUUUUGCUGGCAUGGCAGAAGUGACAUCACUGCAUUGACGAUGUGUGUUUUCUGUCAGAACUGUACAUUCCCUUUUUCUUUGGUACCCAAUGGUGGUUUUAAGCUGUAAAACAGUAUUGCAGCCU